UCUUUAUUUCAAUUUUUUGUGUGCGUUUUCUUACACCUGAAGCUCUUUCAGCUCUGGAAGAAGCUAAUGAGUUUAACCUGAACUCAGCUGACGGCCAGAUGAACAGACAGCGGAAUGAGAGAGACUAAACUAAAAUACAAGAGGUGGUGGUGAACACACAGUAACUGGCAGAGAUGGACCUGCUUACAAUCUUCUGUCACCUGCUGCUUUUAUGUUUUGAUCCAUCGGGAGCCGCGAGCCUCAUUACAGCGGAUAUAUUUGAAGCCAGAGGUCAACGUGUGUGCAAGGCAGGAAAAGGGAGGCCGUGUUACAAGCUGGCCUAUUUCUCCGAGCACCGGCGGCGGCUGAACUUUGUGGAGGCAGAGCUCGCUUGCAAGCGGGACGGCGGGCAGCUGCUGAGCGUGGAGUCACCGUCCGAGCAGAAGAUCGUAGAGCAGCUCAUCACAGAGAUCCGCCCAACUGAUGGAGACUUCUGGAUCGGGCUCCGACGUAACCAUGGAGACGGGGACAGCAGCAGUGACUGCUCCUCACAGUACUACUGGCUGGACGGCAGCAAGUCUACAUUUAGAAACUGGCACGAGGAUGAGCCAUCAUGCGGCUAUGAGGUGUGCGUGGUAAUGUACCACCAACCAUCCGCUCCCCCUGGUCUGGGAGGGCUCUACAUGUUCCAGUGGAAUGACGACAACUGCGAAACCAAGAACAACUUCAUCUGCAAAUACACUGCAGAGAACCCAGAGGAUCCUUCCCCUUCCCCGAUCGCCACACAAACGGACAUCUUCCCCUCAUCUGUGCGGCCGUGGGAUCCAAUCAACCCUAACAAGGACAGAAGUACAGCUCUGAAUUUGGUUUACAUCUUCAUUCCCACCAUUCCUCUGAUACUGCUGUUACUGACAGUGACCGGAGUCUGCUGCUUUAAACUGCUCGUCAGACGAAGGACAAAAGAGCAGAAAUCAGAAGUAUGCCAGACAGACCCGGGCCUCUGCCCCAGCCCGACUCCAACCGAUGUCUACAACGUCAUUCGCUCCCAGAAAGACGAUGACCUGGUUUCCGCACGCCCGCACACCAAAAACACUUCCUUUUUAUGCUCCUCCCCUGACACCCCGACAGGUGAUUAUGACAACCUGGGCGGUCGGGACACAGAGAGCGGCUUUGUGACGCUUGCCAGCACAGAGAGCUGCUUCCUCAACUUUGACCUCAAUGACCUCAGCCUCGGGCGUCGCGGUACACGCGACUUCUACGACACCAGCUUGGGCCGGUCAGGAAAGAGGGACUUGACUGACAGCAGUCUGGGUCGCUCUGGCCACAGAGAGUUUUAUGACAGGAGUCUUGGUCGUCGUACAACAAAGAGCGAGCAUUACGGCAACAGUGUGUACGGAGACCAUGGAUUGUAUGACGGCAGUAUCAGAGGAGGAAGUGACCUCUAUGAUCCCAAACUGAGGCCUGGAGGUCACACAGUAAAGGCUGACCUCUACCAGACAUACAUCAGCAAUGGCAAGGAGGACACUUACCAAACCAGCGUGGGAACCUACGGAAAACGCAAAUCCUACCAAGCAAAUCUGGAUUGCUACAGAAACGGCCUGAAUCUUGAAGGUGGAAGGAGAUACUUCAAUGAACAAGAAUGGAUCAACAGAGAAAACUACUGAUCCUCCCAACAGUUCCUCUACUGUGUGUACAGCAGUGUGUGUGUGACUGUGGACGAGAGAAUGGCUGUGCAUGUAUGUGGUUGUAAUUGUUUGUACCGUAUGUCUCUGAAGCCUUUUAAGGUACGAAAAUCAGCCGUGGAUACGCUCAAAUUACUACUAGACCUCUGUUUCACCGUGUAGUUAGUUUAUGGCAAUAUAAACCAUAUAAACACUGUAUCAUUUGAAAUUAAAGGUCAGUUAAAAAAACAUGUUCUCACUGAUCUCUAGUUGCAUAGAGCCAUGCAGAUAGUUUGGGUUUGAUUUGGUCAAGUUUUAAGACAUUCUGAUACAAUGGAGGUGAACUGAAUUUGGUUUCUCAGCAUUUGGAAAUUGGCUUUAAAGGAUUAAACAGCAACACAUCUUUCUGGAAACAAUGUCCAUGUUACUGUGGAUAAUCCACAGAACUCAUGUUAACUGCUUUUACUAUAAGUACUUAGAUGAAAUAGCAGAAGAAGAAGAGUCCCCAUGAAAACUGUAUAGUAAAGUCUUA